AUGGCCGCCUUCAUCCGCCCGUCCUCCGGUGCCAUGCUGGGACAGAUCAUGAGAGUCCCAGCUAGUCAAUCGAUGCUUUACAACUCUGCAAAGUCGGCUCCGUUGGCUAUGACCAUUAUUCGCCAGGCGCAAUUGAACAAAACGUCGCAAGUCACACUUUUCCAUAGCUCGGCUAAGAGAGAGAUUCUUACGCCUUUGCCACAGGUUAUUAAGGGAACGAUGAACGAUGCUGCACCUGUUCCUCACACUUCUCCCAGCCAUGGCAGCUACCAUUGGAGCUUUGAGCGUCUCAUUGCUGCCGGUCUUGUCCCUCUCACCAUCGCCCCGUUUGUCGGUGGCUCCCUCAACCCAGUCAUGGACUCCAUCCUCGCCGCUACCCUUGUCCUUCACUCUCAUAUCGGAUUCCAAGCUCUGAUUAUUGACUACUUGCCCGAAAAACGUGUCCCCAAGACCCUUGCAUUGUUCAAAUGGGGCCUCCGCGCUGCUACUUUGGCUGUCGCUGUGGGUUUGUACGAAUUCGAGACGAAUGAUGUUGGUAUCACUGAGGCGAUUAAGAGGAUUUGGACGGCAUAG